AGAAAUUUUUGAUUGCUGAUGAAUUAAUUAAAUCAUUACCAAUUACAUUAUCAAGAAAUUUAGAUUCUAAAUUUACUAACAAACUUAUUAAUGCGCAAGAAAUUAAAACAUCAUUAACUACAUCUAAAAAACACCCAGAAUUUAUGUAUACUACUAGACUUAUAAACACAUUAGAAAUUAUAGAUGCUUACAGCAAGUCUAUUGAAAUCAAUAAAGCAAGCCUUAAUGGUUGGUAA